AUGGAAUCCCACUCUUUGAAUAUGAUAAAGACUGUUAUAGCUGAAAAUAUAAAUCAAAAAAUAUCUCAUGUUGAGAAAGAAGUGGUUAGCCAGCAAGAAGUGCUAGAGAAACUAGUCACACAAGUAAACUCAUUAGCAGAACUUUUGCAGAUACCAAUCCCAAAAAUUUCUUUACCCGAAUUAUCAAUUAAACCCACGCAAAUUUUAAUAGCUCAUGAGCCAGAGCAUAAUAAAAUAAACUCAAAUAAUACUGAAGCACUACCUUUAGCAAAGCGCCUACAAGAAGAGCGCAAGCUCGAAGCAAUCAGAAAACAAGAAGAAGCAAAAAAGCGACUAGAUGCACAAAAGAAAAAACUCGAAGAAGAAAGAGCGAAAAUGAAAAAAUUAAAAGAAGAGGCAGAACUUAAAAGAAUUGAAUCUCAAAGAAAUAGCUUAAAACCACCUAAAACAAUUUUGAAAAAUACUAAUACCUCCUUCCGUGAGCAAAAUUUUUUUUUUUCAUUCACGAGGUAUUUUUUUUUAACAAAAAAUCCCAAUUCGAAAUAAUUUUAAAGCAAAUAUUAAUUUAAUUUGUAAAAUUAUCUUUUAAAAUGCAAGCUGUUUAAAAUAAGCCGAAUUAGUAGAAAUUUCGUUAUGAUAAUUUCCUAUUAUAUAUCAAAAUGUUUUUUUAAAAAAUUUUAUUUUAAAAGAAUUCACUCACAUGGAGGGUGGGUUUUCACCCAAAAAAUUAGGAUUUUCCAAUGAGUUUGUUCGCAUACGGAGGGGGGCAGUAAGGAAAUAAUUAUAAAAGGCGGAAGAAAGAAUCUGUAUAUAGAAGCAGCCACAAUUAAUUUGACUGCUGCAACAGAUGAUGGGGAUGAAAAGAGAGAGCUCUCUGCAUCUGAUAUGAAUUUUGACCAGUUAAGUGGUUUUGGAUACCGUGAACCAGACGAAUUUUCACUUUCUGAUGAGACAAUAGAAGCUCUUGAUUCAAUGCAUGAUUUCGACCGAGGAACUGAUAUUAAUAAUCAUGUUGUAGAAUCUAGCUAA